GGCGGCCGAGCGGAGGUCGCUGUGAUGGCUUCGGGGCUGGGCAGCUGAUCGCCGAGGUGGGAGUGGGCCCUGGGCCCGGUGUCUCAGGGGCCAGCGCUCACCCGCAGCUUGCGCCAUGGCCACCUCCGCCGCCUCCUCCGAGCAUUUCGAGAAGCUGCACGAGAUCUUCCGUGGCCUCCUUGAAGACCUACGAGGAGUGCCGGAGCGGCUGCUGGGGACCGCAGGGACCGAGGCAAGGCCGCGGUAGCUGGAUAGAGGAUGUGAGAAUGGAUAUAAGAGACUGUUAGGAGCUCCCGUGACAGUUGACUAGAAGAGAAGAAGAAGCUGGUGAGAGAUUUUGAUGAAAAACAACAGGAAGCAAAUGAAACGUUGGCAGAGAUGGAGGAAGAACUACGGUAUGCACCCCUGACUUUCCGUAACCCCAUGAUGUCUAAGCUGCGAAACUACCGGAAGGACCUUGCUAAACUUCACCGGGAGGUCAGAAGUACCCCUUUGACAGCCACACCGGGAGGCAGAGGAGACAUGAAGUAUGGCACAUAUGCCUUAGAGAACGAGCAUCUGAAUCGGCUGCAGUCUCAAAGAGCAUUGCUUCUACAAGGCACUGAAAGCCUGAACCGGGCCACCCAAAGCAUUGAGCGUUCUCAUCGGAUUGCCACAGAAACUGACCAGAUUGGUUCAGAAAUCAUAGAAGAGCUGGGGGAGCAACGAGACCAGUUGGAACGUACCAAGAAUAGACUGGUAAACACAAAUGAAAACUUGAGCAAAAGCCGAAAGAUUCUCCGUUCAAUGUCCAGAAAAGUGAUAACCAACAAGCUGCUGCUUUCCAUCAUCAUCUUGCUGGAGCUAGCCAUCCUGGUCGGUCUGGUGUAUUACAAAUUCUUUCGACACCAUUGAACUUCCUGUAGGAAGGGAUUGUGGACCAGAACCUUGACUCUGAAUGAACGGUGUUAAAGACCUAUGUUGCUGCUGUGGGCUAACAGUUCAAGAAUGCAUUGUAUAGCCAGACUAUGGGAGGGAGGGCAAUGGAAAACCACAUAAAUGUGAAGGGACAGCAACAAGACCAGUGUGUUAUACUAAGGUAAUAAAUGCUGUUUAUGACGCCUUCAAAUCUA